AUGACCGCACAAGUCGCAUCCAUGUCCGCCGUCGCGUCGCUAGGAGUCACCGUCAAAUCCGCCUCGACAUCCGCGUUAAGCGAAGGCUCUUCUUAUACCGAGGAUGCCGUUUCCACCCCGAUCACCGGCGGCAUUCCCGAGGGCUGGCCGGUGAACGCCCCCACGGAGCUGCCUCCGCAUUUGGCGGCGGAUGCGGCGGCGGCGGAUCCGGUGGUGCGGUUUACGGUGGCGGAGCAAGUCAAGAAAGGCGAGGACUUUCACAUGGCACUCGCUAACUAUCGGUUAGGCGGCGUCAACUGCGGCGUCUACUGCGUGUUCGACGGGCACAACGGCACAGCGGCGGCCAUGCACUGCAAGAAGGAGCUGCUGGGGUUCGUGAGCGAGUACCUGCCGGGGGGGGCGUCGUACCGAGAGGACGCGGGGGAGAAGGGCGAGGAGGCCGAGGGCCAGCCGUCCGGGGCGACAGCAACGGUGGCGAUCGUGUUGGGACAGUCACAGUGGCAGCAGUGGGGGACCCGGGGCCAGCCGUCCGGAGCGACAGCAACGGUGGCGAUUGUGUCGGGAUGGACGGUGACAGUGGCAGCAGUGGGGGACUCGCGCGCCAUUCUAGACACCACUGGAGGGGGCGUCAUACCCCUGUCGCUGGACCACCGAUUCGAAGUCUCAGAGGACGAGUGCAACAGAGUUCUCAAGGAGGGCGGCCAACUUGCCAGGCUUCGGACUUUCGAUGGCACGCAGCUGGGCCCGCUGCGCAGCUGGCCGGGAGGGCUCUGUGUGUCGCGGUCGAUAGGCGAUGUGGACUGUGGCACGUUCAUCACGCCGUUGCCGCAUGUCAAGCAGAUUCAGGUCCCCCAGGCAGGUGGAAGGGUGGUGAUGGCGUCAGAUGGGCUGUGGGACGCAGUGGACUCAGACAAGGCCGCCAGGCGAUGUAGAGGGCUGCCCUGCACUGCUGCUGCCCCACUGCUCGUCAAGGAGUCCAUCAAGGCCAAGGGCCUCAGGGAUGACAUCACAGUGCUAGUGGUCGACCUGCUCGCCGCCUCUGCUGCCGCUGACCCCUCCGCCUGCCCCGUACCCAAGGCCCCCAGCUCCAAAUCCUUCUUCUCCAAGUUCAGGAGCAAGAGCUAUUCCAGCUAUCUCUCUAAGUCCGCUAAGGGCUCUAGCUCCCUGCCACCCACAACCCCAACCCCAAGCGCCGCCCCCCGCAACCCGUGGGACCAGCGCGUCCCCUUUAUAAUGAACGACCACGACUCGAUAAGAGGCGGCGACCUCUUUGAGCGGUACCAGAACAGCUCGGUACACUCGGCGGGGAAUUUCUGUGCGGUUUGCGGGGAGCAGAUUGAUAAUUCUGAGAAUGCGGAGGCGAGUGUUCGGGCAGGGAAUAGAAUGUGCUCGCGGCAUGCCAAAUGUGGGUAG